CUGGUCGGAGAUGGGAGCGCACAUUACAGCAGCAGCAGCACCACCAUCACGUCGGAAGACACGGGAUGAAUCUAAGGAAGGGGGAAACCAACAAUACCAAGCAGGUGCGCUGUGGAGGAUAUGGGAAAAGGAAAUCAAGAUUUUUAGUGACGCUGUACCCAGCCGCUUGAAUCAGUAAUUAAACCUCUGCUGUUGUGGCCUCUCGCUUUUUUGCGCUUUUUUUCCUCAAUCCAUUCUCCCCCCUACACUGCUGGCACAAAGACGCUUAUUCUAAGGAGCUGCACCUGGAAUUACAGUCACUCCGCAAGAGUGAACAGAUCAGUUACAUGUAAAACGAUGGAAUGAGAAGCAGUGACAGUAAGUAAUAGCAGCAGGAUUAAAUCACUUUCUUCUUUUUGUGCCCCUGUAAAUUUCCCUCUGAUACCCCCAUCCGUCACCCAGCGAAGACAUACCGUCAUUGUCUCGAAACGACUUCGAUUCAUUGUUAUUUUAAAACGUUGUUUUUGCCGGAAUAAUGCACAAGAAACUCUAUUAUGUUUAUAGAUUUUUAUUCACUUUUGAUUCAUUGCGCAUUCCCAGUUUUUUCCUCUGAAUGAGCUGCCGGUUUCUCUUGUUCAGGAUGCGUCUGCGCAACCUUCGGCAAGUACCAGCAAUUAGGCUGUGUGUUUGUACACGAGUUUCCUAAAAGCUUACAAGAAACAGUUCCCCCUCUUUUUUUUUUUUUUUAAAUUGGACGUCGCCAUUAUUUGUAAAAAGGGGAAAAAAAGCAACUGUGGCGUACUGGACUCAGAGGGGUCAAACGGUGCGCCCUUGGCAUCACACCAACCCCCUCCUUGUGUCUGAACCAGGGUCCGUCACAGAAAAUAAAUCAAGCACAAUAUGGUGGAGCCCGUUGGAUUCAUAGAGGCUUGGAAGGCACAAUUCCCUGAUUCGGAGCCCCCCAAGAUGGAGCUGCGGUCCAUUGGAGGUAUUGAGCAGGAGCUGGAGAAGUGCAAAGCGUCCAUCAGACGUCUCGAACAAGAGGUGAACAAGGAGCGCUUCCGCAUGAUCUACCUGCAAACCCUCCUGGCAAAAGAGAGGAAGAGCUAUGACAAACAGCGGUGGGGUUUCAGGAAGACACCAUUGAAUGAGGGGGUAGACCCUGCAGCCACCCAGGGUGCAGAGUCACCAUCUCAGCAGCCCCACAUGCAGGAGACUGGUGGAGUUGGAGGUGCUGGAGGAUACGCUGUGGUGGAUAGGAGUCGUUUUCAGCCUCUUGGGGAUGGUACUGGCAGGUCCAAACCUAGGCCCCCACCAGCCAGGAAGUCAGCUUCCCAUGGAGACGGCUUGGAGUCAGCGUUUGACUCACCUCAACAAGCAGAGUCUACAUCCUGUGACAACCUCGAUGGCCUCUCGCCAUCUAAGCAGAGGGGUGGCAUCACCCUGUCCCCCCGCAGGCCCACGCUUCCACCCCCAGACAAGGAUCUGCCUUCUGACCCCAAAGAUAAGCUUGGGAUGGGACUUGGUGUAGCAGCUCUCAGGUCCAACUUUGAGAGGAUCAAACGGGCCAACACUCAUUCUGCUGGAGAUAUAGGUAAGGGUCAGGAAAAGCAGCUACCUCCACCACCAUUCUACACUAACAUGGAAUUCCAUCAUGAGAAGGGUUUGGUCAGGGUCAACGACCGGGAUGUGUCGGAUAAAAUCAGCUCCCUGGGUACUCAGGCCAUGCAGAUGGAGCGAAAGAGGUCUCUUCAUUCCCUCCCAGGCAAUCUGGCAACAGUGGCAGGUGAGCUUCGUGCCAGGCCAGUGUAUAGAGGACGGUCUACCGAGAGCACUUGUGGGUAUGAUGCUGAAUAUGAAGAUGGGGAACCCAACCAGCGACAUUCAGGGAGGGCCAAUGGCGGUAAACCUCCACCUCCUCCUUGGCAACCAUCUGAGUUCCAAGCCUAUUCCAGUGUCUAUGUUGGUGGAGUAAUGAUGGGUGAAGGUGGCAGUGGAGAUGGACGUGGAGGUGGCAGUGGAAUCGCCAUGAGAGACCACAGUGGAGGUGAUGAUCACCUCCUGACCUGGCCACGCCGCUCCUACUCCCCAGGUAGCUUUGAGGAUGCUGGAGGGGGUGGGGGCUACACACCAGACUGUAGCUCCAAUGAGAACCUGACAUCCAGUGAGGAGGACUUCUCCUCUGGCCAGUCCAGUCACGUCUCUCCGAGUCCCACCACAGCCUUCCGUCGUCCCUUCAGAGAGAAGAGCAGGUCACCUUCCCAAAACUCCCAGAACUCCCAACACUCCUAUGACAGCAGCAGCCCUCCUACGCCGCAGUCUCAGAAGCGUCACCACAGGCAGCAGGGAGGCCAUGUGGUCAUGUCUGAGGCCACUAUUGUGAGUGUUCGCAAGACGGGUCAAAUCUGGCCCCCUCCUGUCCACCAUGACCUCCUGCCUCAUGGUAGAACAUCCCAUGACAACAGUUUUCACGGAGACCACUUAGAUGGCCAUUUCACUGGAACCCCUCCAACAUACGGUUACGAUGCAGACCGAGCAGAGGAGCAGCGGCGGCACCAUGACAUCCUGCCGUACAUUGACGACUCGCCAUCGUCCUCACCGCACCUCAGUUCCAAGAGCCGUAGCAGCCGGGACACACUCUCCUCAGGAUCAUUGGAGUCCUCCAAGUCGAUGGAGUGUGACCUUGAAAAGGGUUUGGAGAUGAGAAAGUGGGUCCUGUCUGGGAUCUUGGCCACAGAAGAAGCAUACCUCAGCCAUCUAGAGGCUCUUUUACUGCCAAUGAAACCACUGAAGGCAGCUGCUACAACAUCCCAGCCUGUUCUCACAGUGGCCCAGAUUGAAACCAUCUUCUUCAAAGUGCCUGAGCUGUACGAAAUUCACAAGGAGUUUUACGAUGGACUUUUGCCCCGCGUCCAGCAGUGGAGCCACCACCAGAGGGUCGGAGACCUCUUCCAGAAACUGGCCAGCCAGCUUGGAGUGUAUCGGGCAUUCCUGGACAACUAUGAGCUUGCUGUAGAGACAGCGGAGAAGUGCUGCCAGGCCAACUCGCAGUUUGCUGAAAUCUCUGAGAACCUGAAGGUGAGGAGCCCUAAAGACUGUAAGGAUACAGCCAAGAACUCCCUGGAGGCUUUACUGUAUAAACCUGUGGACCGGGUGACGCGCAGCACUUUGGUGUUACAUGACUUGCUCAAACACACACCCACCAGCCACCCGGACCACCCGCUCCUGCAGGACGCCCUGCGGAUCUCCCAGAACUUUCUGUCCAGCAUCAACGAGGAGACGACAUCAAGGCGCCAGUCUCUAGCUGGGAAAAAGGGAGAGAACCGCCAGCUGCUGAAGGACAGUUUCAUGGUGGAGCUGGUGGAGGGAACCAGGAAGCUGCGGCACGUCUUCCUCUUUACUGACCUGCUGCUCUGCGCCAAGCUGAAGAAACAGAUUGGAGGUAAAAACCAACAGUACGACUGCAAGUGGUACAUCCCCCUGACUGAGCUGACCUUCCAAGGCCCUGAAGACACCGAGCCCCUCACCAUUCCCCAAAUCCCGGACGAAGAGUUGGACGCCGUUAAGGUCAAGAUCUCACACCUCCGCAGUGAGAUUCAGAGGGAAAAGAGAGCCAACAAGGGUUCAAAAGUAAUCGACCGACUCCGGAAGAAACUGUCGGAGCAGGAAUCUUUGCUGCUACUAACGUCUCCCAGCAUGCCGCUCAGAUUGUUCAACAAGAACGGAAAGAGUUACAGCUUCCUUAUUUCUUCUGACUACGAGCGUUCAGAGUGGAGAGAGAUAAUCAGGGAACAGCAGCAGAAAUGUGUUAAAACUCCCUCACUGACGUCCAUGGAGCUUCAAAUGUUGACCAGCUCCUGUCUCAAACUCCAAACUGUCCACAACAUUCCACUUAGUCUGAAUAAAGAAGAGGAUGAAUCCUCCGGUCUCUACGGGUUUCUGAAUGUAAUCGUCCACUCUGCCUCUGGCCUCAAACAGAGUUUAAAUCUCUACUGCACAUUGGAGGUGGACUCAUUUGGCUUCUUUUUAAAUAAAGCAAAGACGAGAGUCUACCGAUACACCACUGAACCCAAGUGGAACGAGGAGUUUGAGAUCGAGCUGGAGGGCUCUCAGACCCUGAGGUUGCUCUGCUAUGAGAAGAGCUACAACAGGACCAAGCUGAACAAAGAAGACGGAGACAGCACAGACCGCAUCAUUGGGAAAGGACAGAUCCUGCUUGAUGCUCAGACUCUUCAAGGCAAAGACUGGCAAAGAACAGUUAUUCCUAUGAAUGGGGUUGAAGUGAAACUGUCCAUGAAGUUCACCAGCAGAGAGUUCAGCCUGAAGAGGAUGCCCUCAGAGAAACCCAUGGGCGUGUUUGGAGUUAAAAUCUCCACAGUGACCAAACGGGAACGCUCCAAGGUGCCCUACAUUGUCCGUCAGUGCCUAGAAGAGAUAGAGAGGAGAGGCAUGGAGGAGGUGGGAAUAUACAGAGUAUCAGGGGUGGCCACUGAUAUUCAGGCUCUGAAGACCGCCUUUGACACCAAUAACAAAGAUGUGUCUGUGAUGAUGAGCGAGAUGGAUGUUAAUGCCAUCGCUGGAACCCUGAAGCUGUACUUCAGAGAGCUGCCUGAGCCCCUCUUCACUGAUGAGCUCUAUCCUAACUUUGCAGGUGGCAUCACCCUCACUGAUAGUGUUGCCAAAGAGAGCUGUAUGCUGAACCUGCUGCUGUCACUGCCAGAACCCAACCUAGUCACCUUCCUUUUCCUUUUGGAUCACCUCAAGAGGGUGGCAGAGAAGGAAAGCGUCAACAAGAUGUCUCUGCACAAUCUGGCAACCGUCUUUGGGCCCACUCUGCUAAGGCCGGCAGAGAAGGACAGCAAGAUUCCUACUAACCCCACUCAACCCAUCAGCAUGGGGGACAGCUGGUCCUUGGAAGUUAUGGCACAAGUCCAGGUUUUGCUGUAUUUCCUGCAGCUGGAAACCAUCCCCACCCCGGACAGUAAACGACAGAGUAUCCUCUUCUCCACUGAGGUGUAGAGCUUACACAAACAGUCUGCUCUGAACUCAUUCUAGCAGAGGUGUAAAAAAGGGGAUGGACACUGGCUCAAAGUGAGCCCACUGUAGUGUGUUUUUAAAUUGACUUGGAAGGAUUGUCUCUACAGAACAGAAGAUGGCGCCACUCAUCUCUGAAGCUCAGAGGAUUUGAGCUCAUAAUUAUACACAUCAUUAUCCAAUAGUUAGUAUGAUUCCUGGUACCUAGUUAUUCACCAGGUGAUCUGCCUUUGUCACAGUUUAUUUUUUUCUUGUCUCAUAAAUGAAGACAUGUUAAAAUUCAGCACGUCUUUCUUGACUUUCAUGUACUUUUACAUUGCGGCAUUGUACUCAAGUUUGCAUUUAUUUUUGGACAGUCAUUAAGUCUUUCAAAACACAUUAUCCCAUCUCAAAUGUUUUUGCACAUCCAAUCUCUCACAUCAUUCUCUGUGCAUUAUUUCAAGAUAGAUGAGACUUUUUUUUUUUGGCCUCUUUAGUCACCAUUUUUUUAAAAGGCAAUGAAAGCCAACACCUGAUGGUGCUUACAACAUAAACGAACACGAUUCAAGUUGAGAGCUAUGACUUGAAAUGUGUUGGAAAAAAAAGAAAGAAUUUAGCCACCCAAUACUUUUUUCUUUCCAAAUGCGAAAAAGCAGAUUUAUUUGGUCAUAUGUUUAUUUGAUCUCAUUUGUUUCUUAAGGUAGACUCCAGCCUCAAUGCACAGGAAGCAAUAUAUUUUCUAAUGUAGGAAUUGUCGAAAUGUUCGUCUUGUUGUGACAUAGGACAUCUUGCCAAACUGUUUUUGUUGUUCUUAGGGGAUAAAAUGAGGCAUGUACAUGUUUGUAAUCUUAAAGUUGUAUUUUGUUUUAAAGUUGUUACUAUUAUUUAUUUUUGGGGAGGGGAGUCCUGUUGAGGAAAAAAGUUUUUUUUUUCUUUAUGAAAGUGGUAGGUUUUAGCCUUGACCUUGCUGUAAAAGAGCAAGACUUCAGCCUUGUUUUUCAACAAUAAUUCUCCCUGAGAUCUCCAUUUAAAUACCAUUAUUAUUAUUAUUAUUAUUAUUAUUAUUAUUAUUAUUAUUAUUAUUAUUAUUAUUAUUAUGAAGGUAACACAAGCAUUGUAGUCAAAUCCUGUAUGCUGCUGUGGAAAAGGCACAAGCGUCUUUAACUGCUGGUGUCUCUUGGCGGAUUCGUCUUGCCUCCAGGGACGUCUGUCGCCCGUCUAGUGUAGACUUUAUGCAACAGUCAUAAUACAGAAAAUUCAUACAAAUCAUGUAGGAGAUUAUGGUUUUUUUGUACCAUUUAAUCUGUGGCAACAGAAGUGCACUCAUACAAUAUUAAAACUACUGUAUAAGAAUUUAAGUGGCCUGACAAUUCUGUGUUUAUGUCCAGUAAGAAAUGCUUUUGUUUUUUUAUACCACUCGUUACCCUUUUUGCUAUUGUAAAAAUUUCCCGGUGGCAACGGCCAUGGCAAAGGUCAUAACGUUCUUUGUUACUGAUUUAACAUGCAGGCAUGUUUUAUUAUUUUAUUGAAUUUGUUAUGGAUGACUUUGUAUUCAAACUUGAUCUGGGAUAUCGUCAGUUGCUUUUAUUCUAUUUUCUUGCACUCCUAAAACAUAUCUUUUUAGCCAGAUGAAAGAUAAACCUUAUGAUGAGGGUUAGGCUUAGAUUUCUGUAUACACCAAUCAGCCACAACAUAUUAACCACAAACUCAUUAUUGCCAUAUUUCAGGCUAAUAUUAGGCAUUAAAUACAUGUUUGCUAUUAAUGCCUUGAUCCUGAGGAUUUAAUAGACCUUUUCUGAGCCAUGAUAGUUUGUGUCAUAAGUGACAUGAUCCUUGUGGUUUAGAUGUUUUCAGGUCUAGAAAACCAUUUGUUUUUACAGACUCUGUGUUAAUCUUCUGAAAAGAAAACUGGGGUUUUAAAUAACAAAGCUAAAAGAACUAGUUCUCAUCUUGGUGUAACAUUUUGAAGUCAUGCAAAUUAAAAUUUUAUUCAUCAAUCUUCAGUUUUCUAAAAUGCGGAGGACCAUGCGUGAGCCGGUUACUGGUGUCAAAGUUCAAAGUUGCAAUUUACCUUUAAAUUGUCAUUUUAAAGUUAAAAUUGUAACUUUAAAAACACAUCAAUGCAGGUUUGAUGCAUAUCGUAGCAUCAAACCUGCUAAAAAAAUGCACAUUGAUGCUGGAGAGUCAUGAGUUUUAUUUGACUCUAGAGAGUCUUUAGUGUUGCUGGUAAGCUUGCUGAGUCAGGCUGAAUCAGACUUAAAAGAAAAAGAUAUUAGGUUGUCUGGUAAUAUUCCAGUUCUGAGCAACUCUGACAAUCACUGCACAGAAAUGUACAAAGUGUCACCCAUUACCCUUUUAAAAGUAGAAGUUUUAAAAGACCAGUUGGCAAGCUAUGAAGAGUUUGUCUGGUAGCCAGCUAACUGUGCAGCUAUGGAGCCGAUAGCCUGACUAAUUUACCAGCCUAUAUCCGCUCAUUCUCCUUGUUUUACUUUAUGUAAAAAGUCGAAUGCCUGAAAUGCCCAACAGUCUUCUCAAUAAGCACUUGAAUACCACUGCUUGCUCUUUUAUUCUCCAGCAUUUAUAUAUUUAUAUUUUAUUUUAUAUAAAUAAAAUAAUUUAAUUUUAUUAUUUAUAUAAAAUGCUUCAAAAAGACUUAUAUGUUGUAGAUAACAUAUAAAUAUAAUAAUUAAUAUUUUUCAUUAUUUUAGCAGUUGGUUGCCUUUCUGUUUUAAUUAAAAGUAAUAAGAUCAGGGUACAGAUUUUGGUUUUAAUUUUUUGUAUAAACACCACAUUGCUGUAAAAUUGUAGGUUUUUUUUUUUUCUCAAGGUUUUCAUACUGUGAGAAUCUCAUAGGUCCUCCUCCCUGCUGAGAUCUCACAAAAACUUGCAUGGUCACCGUUUCACAAAUGCCUUGCACAGACAUGCCUUGGGUGAAUGAUUGGCUUUUUGACCUUUCAGAUUUUAUCUUUUUAUUUACAUUUUAUAUUUGAAGCAUAAAUAAAUCAAACAAAAUCUGCGAUAACAUGUCAUUUGACAAUGGCAAAACCUUAUGAGUCUUGCAGUUAAUUCAUUUUGAUAAAUAUCAAAAUUGCACCCAAAUUUGUUAGAGCUCGGAAAUCUCCCAGCAGAAUCUUUUCCUGGAAAAAAAAAAAAAUGGUGCUAAUGCAUCUGGUUCUUUUGUUGUGGUUGACUGGUGUCUAGAGGGGACUCUGCUAAAAGGGCCUAAUUAAAGGGUUUGCUGUUUUUUUAAAUCUAUGAUUAUCAACAGAAACAUGGCAUAUGAGCAACUACGUAAGAACAAAAGCAAGCAAUCAGCUUCUUGGGAUAUUUGAAAUCCCUGUUUUGAUCUUAUUUUAUUUUGUGGGCUUUUCCCGCUGGCUUGUUAUUUUGCUUCCACAAUAUAAUUUGAUUACGUGUCACUCACUGUAGCAUGCUUUUAACCUCAUUUAGAAUGUGAACAUUCAGUCACGUUUCUCCUUCAUACAGAGUCCCAGCUGCCUGUACUUCUCCAACCCUUUUGUGCCUCAACACUUGCUUUUAUUUACCACCAAAAUUUACUUUGUCUUCAUGUCAGCUGAGAAGCUGGUGGUUAAGAAAGACAUUCAUCCUCUUGUUGCCUUUGCUGAGGACAGCCACACAUCUUUCAUCUUCUACUUAUAGGCUAAGACAGGACCUUAAAAUACAAGCAUGGUCUUAGCUCAUUCUGUACAUGAGCAUUCUUUCAUCUGACCUCUAAUGCUGUAAGUGAAUGAAACCCUGUGCUAAAGUUAAUCCUCUAAGUGCAACACAUAGUUUUUUCUCUUAUAAUGCCUUUUAUGCUGAUUUAUUUAUGAUUCCUUCUAGUUUGGUAUAAGAUGGUCUGCUUGAUCUGUUUAUUUGUGGUAAAAUGUCAAAUUAAUGUUAGAAAAGUGUCUUAAUAUAAUGUGGUUUCUCUAGUAAAUUAAUCUGCUUCUUCUGUUGUAUUUAAAACAUUUUGUUCUAAUUUUGUCUCAGUACAAGAACCACCAAGUAGCUCUGUAGACACGGUGUCUUGCAAAAAUAUUCACACUGCUGAAACAUUUUCACAUUUAUUAUUUUUAACCUCAAAUUAAAUGUAUUUUAUUAGGAUUAUGUGCUUCACCAACACAAAAUAGUGUAUACUUAUGUAGUGUAAAGGAUGAGAAUACCUGCUUUAAAUACAAAUACAAUUGUGAAAAUGUGAUGCAUAUUUGUAUUUAUAGUCUGUAAAAACAUUUCAGUGCAAAAGGCCCUGAAAUUCUUGCCCUUUCCUUUUUGAUAGAGAGCAUCUGUGAACAAAAAUGUUCUACUCUUGUCACAAAUUUGCAAUUGGAUUUAGGUUUGGACUUUGACUGGGUCAUUGCAACCCCAAAAUUUGCUUUGAUAAAAACUGCUCCAUUGUAGCCUUGGCUGGAAUUAGGGUUGUUUUUCUGUUCGAAGGUGUAUGCAGGUAAAACAGUUCAUUUUUGAUCUCAUCUAAGCACAUCAUCUUCUUCCAUGUGUUUGCAGUGGUUUGGUAGGUUUGAAGCAUAGACAGACCCUUCCCAAUUUUGGAUGACACAUUUAGGAUCAAUGGAUUAAAGAAGUUGUAUUAUUGUAUGAAACAAUUGAAAACGAUGUAUCAGUUUCCUUUCUGUUUGACAACUUGGCACUCCUUUGUGUUGGUUUAUCACAUAUAAUCACAAUAACAUGCAUUGACAUUUGUGGUUGUAAUGUGACAAAAUGUGAAAAAGGUGCAAAUAUUUUUAUGAACAGAAAAAUAGCAUAUGUGUCCUGACAUACAGGAACACUCAGUUCCUGCACAUCAGCUCAGCGUAUUUAUUUGUUUCAAACAGCAGACUGCCCACUGUGAUUGUUUAGUUAUGAUGUGGACAACCGAAUAGAAAGUGCAGGUUCAAGUAACUCAGACUCCUUUUUUUCCCCAUGGAGUGUAUAAUAUGUAUAAUACUAGAGAAUACAUAAUUUGGUUUCCCUGUUAUUUAUUGCGCAGCUCUCUGGAUCAAGCUGGUUCACCUUUAACCUCUUUGCAAAUCCAACCUGUUAGUUUGUGGUCUUAUACUGCUCUAAAUGUAUUGUUUUGCUCCGUCUAUCAUUGUAUCUGCAUGUUCUCACCACAGUCUGUCCCAGCCAAAAAUCUCAAGUUUUUCUGUGGGCUUGCCUGAAGAUAUGGUGCAUAUUGCUUUAAAUGUGCAUUUAUUACAUCGGACCCUGGUAUUUAUUGCCAUAUUAUAGGGGAUAUUACACAACCUUCUGCUGCCACUUUUCAGAAAUCAUGCCAUCAAUAAAUUUGCCUACUAAGCAAUGUUCUUUUUAGUUAUUUUUUAAAAAUUGAGGACAUAAUGUUAAACUCCAGGAUGAGACAUGUUGACCAACUAUGUCACUUUCUAUUUUUGAGUCUUUUUGUCUCUGUUUAACUAUUCAAUGUUCUGCUUGUAGAACUGUAAAAAGGAUUACUGUAUUCUGAGGGUAAAACAUGUUUGAGAGGCAUUUGCAGCCUAUGUUUGUACACAAAAAUAGUAAAUAAAAUCUCCUGUAUCUACAAAGA